AUGGCGAAACGGCGCGCGGCCGAAGACCUCGACGCGAUGGAGGGUGUGACGUCGCCGGCACCCAAGAAGCAGAGGAACGACGGCCGCGACGAGCGGCUCAACGGAGGCAUAGCGCGCGGCGAACAGACCGGAGGAGACGCAAGCGAAGACGGCACACGGACAGAGGGAAGGACAGAAGAAGACGACUCGGACGAGGAGGAUGACACGAGCGUGGCCGGACCGCUACGCCAGGCGGCACCAACGGCCGGAUACGACGAUCUCUACCUCGACUCGAUCGACCGGCACGUGCUCGACUUUGACUUUGAGAAGCUGUGCUCUGUGUCUCUGUCACACAUCAACGUCUACGCCUGCCUCGUGUGUGGCCGCUACUACCAGGGCCGUGGGCCCAAGUCGCACGCCUACUUCCACGCGCUCGACGACGGUCACCACGUCUUCAUCAAUAUGCAGACCCAGCGCGUCUACGUUUUGCCCGAGGGCUACGAGGUGCUGAGCCGCUCGCUCGACGACAUCAAGUUUGUGGCCGACCCUCGGUACACGCGCAGCGACGUGGCCCAGCUUGACCGGCGGUCGGCGGGCAGCAAGAUUUGCUACACUCUGGCAGGCAAGCCGUAUACCCCGGGCUUUGUGGGCAUGAACAACAUCAAAGAGAACGACUACCUCAACGUUGUUGUCCAGGCACUGGCCCACGUGCCUCCGCUGCGCAAUUUCCUGUUGCUCGACGAGUUCCCUGCGACCACGGCGAGCCACACCAACGCCGAGCUCGUCAAGCGCUUUGGUCUGCUCGUACGCAAGAUCUGGAACCCGCGCGCGUUUAAAGCCCAUGUAUCGCCUCACGAGCUGCUGCAAGAGGUGGCCCUGCGUUCCAACCGGCGCUUCACUUUGACCGCCCAGGCCGACCCCGUCGAUUUCCUCACCUGGUUCCUCAACCACUUGCAUCUGGGCCUCGGCGGCAGCCGCACGCGGCCCGGCUCUUCUAUUGUCCAGCGCGUUUUCCAGGGCAAGGUGCGUGUUGAGUCGGAGAAGCUCGAGGCCGUGGGUGCGUCAGCAGCAGCAGCGGCGGCGGCGGCGGCAGCGGCAGCGGCGGCAAAAAAUGCAGAGACCGAUGGCUUCCAGCAACUCCCAGUACCAUCUGCAGAUGCCAUGAUGAUCGACGCACCUUUGCCUGUCAGGCCUGGCUCCAUGGCGCCGCCGCCACCGCCUGGCUUGGCCUCCCACCCCUUGCACCAUCAGCCGCCUCCGCCAGGUACGAGCGCGCCUGGUCAGGGGCAGUUUGGACAACCGCCGCCGCCGGGUGUCUCCUCAGGUUCGGGCAUAUUGUCCAUGCCGCCACCACCAAUGGCACCGCCUGGUGUGCCGGCUACGGGACAUCAUUCCGCUCUUCCUCCACCUCCCAGCUCACUCCCCCCACCGCCUGUCUUUUCUGGCCAGCAGCCGCAAGACCAGGGCCAACCACCACCAGCACCACCAUCAGCACCAUCACAACCACCAUCAACGACCACUGUGUCCUCCGCCCCUGCCGGCCCACCGGGACCGACUGUGGAUAUCAACCGCUUCCUGCUGCUAACCCUCGACCUACCCCCGGCACCGCUGUUCCAGGACGAGCAAGAGCGCAACAUCAUUCCCCAAGUGGCACUCACCACGCUGCUGGGCAAAUACGAUGGCCAGUCCGCUCAAUCUGCCCGCAUCGACCAGUCCGAUGUGCGGCGCCGCUUCCAGCUUCAGGGCCCCCUCCCGCCUUACCUCAUCCUGCACAUGAAACGUUUCUCCGUCAACAAGUUUAUCACAGAGCGCAACCCGACCAUUGUCACUUUCGACCCGCGUGGCCUCGACAUGAGACCAUACGUUGAGGGCGCUGCUGGCGGCGAGGACGACGAUGCGUAUCUGUACGACCUCGUGGCCAAUGUCGUACACGAGGCCGAGCGUGUGCGGGGCGAUGACGUUGCUGUCGACUCGGCUGAGGAGCGACGCACAUGGAAGGUUCAGCUGCGCGACCGAUCGGGCGCCACGACGGCGGUGAAUGCCACCAACAGCAACGGCACUGCUGCCACACCCACAGACAAUGAAGAAGACAAGUGGGUCGUCGCUCAGGACCUGUUUGUCGAGCCGGUUGCCGGCGAGCUGCUGUACCUGGCCGAGUCGUACAUUCAGAUCUGGGAGCGGCGACGGAAGCUAGGCAGUGUCGGCAACGGCGUAGCUGCUGCUGGCAAAGGCAAAGCGAAGGCAAAGCCGUCUACGGCAUCGGCAAAUGGCGCAGGCAAAGCAAAAGCGUAA